UGACGUAAAGGAGCGGAAGUGGGGGGAUUCGAGAGCCGGUCAUAGAGUUUUGUGGCCAGAGUGGCCACGGAGGGAGGCAGUGGUAACGGUUUCUAGCAGCUGGCGGAGGUGAGGGAGGGGUCACCCCUCUAAGUGCACGAGAAAGGCGAAGCUGACAGCUCUAAGCCUCCUGAGCCCAGUGGCCCCCCAGGCCAGUUUAGCCAUGAGCUCAGAGGUGAAGGUGACAGGGCAGAACCAGGAGCAGUUCCUGCUUCUGGCCAAGUCAGCCAAAGGUGCUGCCUUGGCUACCCUCAUCCACCAGGUGCUGGAGGCCCCAGGUGUCUAUGUUUUCGGGGAGCUGUUGGACAUGCCCAAUGUCCGAGAGCUGGCAGAGAGUGACUUUGCUUCCACAUUCCGACUGCUCACCGUGUUUGCUUAUGGGACAUAUGCAGAUUAUUUAGCUGAAGCACGAAACUUGCCCCCCCUCACAGAGGCUCAAAAGAAUAAACUUCGACAUCUAUCAGUUGUCACACUAGCUGCCAAGGUCAAGUGUAUCCCAUAUGCAGUGCUUCUAGAAGCACUAGCUCUACGAAAUGUGCGGCAACUAGAGGACCUUGUAAUUGAGGCUGUGUAUGCAGACGUACUUCGAGGUUCCCUGGACCAGCGGAACCAGCGGCUUGAAGUAGACUAUAGCAUUGGGCGUGACAUUCAGCGCCAGGACCUCAGUUCCAUUGCUCAAACUCUCCAGGAAUGGUGUAUGGGCUGUGAAGUAGUGUUGUCAGGCAUCGAGGAGCAGGUGAGCCGUGCCAACCAGCAUAAAGAACAACAACUGGGCCUGAAGCAGCAGAUUGAGAGUGAGGUGGCCAACCUGAAGAAAACCAUCAAGGUAACUACAGCAGCAGCUGCUGCAGCCACAUCCCAGGAUCCAGAGCAACAUCUGACAGAAUUGAGGGAGCCUGCCCCAGGCACCAACCAGCGCCAGCCCAGCAAGAAAGCUCCGAAGGGGAAAGGGCUACGCAGCAGUGCCAAGAUCUGGUCCAAAUCAAACUGAAAGGACUGUCAUUUCACCUUAGGGCAUCUGGGGACUGACUGCCAGCCCCUUGGGAAUCAUGUCCUACUUCCCAUUUCCCUAGGUCUGAGCCCCAGCCUCUCCCUGCCCCACCCCCAUGGCUAAUUUAUACCUCCUUGAGAGGAGGCAAGUCUAGGCCAUAUUUCUCUCCCUGUCCCCAUGUUGUGUAUAACCCUAUUUUGUGUGCAUAUUCUUCCCCUUCUUCAAGGCCUUUAUGGGUGUGUCCUUGUCUGUAUCUGUAACUGGUUGGGUGUCUGGGGUUGUGCAUGUCAUUUGUGUGUCCCUCUUCCAAUACCUCUAGCCUUUGCAUGAAUGUUUCCCUCUUGCCCCUUGACUCUCUUGGGGGUAUCCAAAGAGCCUUAGAUUCCCUUGCCCUUUCUCUUUCCCUUGGGAAUUCUGGGAGCCAGUCCUUUAUCCCAGGGUUCUCCUGGGAAUUCCACCCCCUGUAAUCCUGGACAUGCUGGGAUUGUUUCCUCCUGUCACUACUUCCCCCUCAGAAGCACUGCUGCCUGACUCAACCCCAGAACCCACAGAGACUGCUGCUGCUCGAGGGAAUGUUGGAAGAAGUGUCCUGCCCACCAUUGGGCAUCCUGGGAAGGCCCAACAGAGCCCCUCAAAGGAUUAUUUGUUUUUCCUUGGCAGGGUGGGAUAUGGAUUGUAUUUUUUAAAAAUGUCUGUGUGAGUGUGUGUGUGUGUGUGUGUGUGUGUGUGUGUGUGUAUACACAGACACAAAUGACAUAAAUAAAUCUAAGAGGAUCUA